UUCGCGGGUGUUGAGACGGGAUUUGUGCGGUGCGGUUCCUGGGCUCCUAGCUUCAUGACUGCGCGGAGCGGGGAACCAACACCAUGCGAGCACAAAUUGAAGUGAUACCAUGCAAAAUUUGUGGUGAUAAAUCCUCUGGAAUACACUAUGGAGUCAUCACAUGUGAAGGCUGCAAGGGAUUCUUUCGGAGGAGUCAGCAGAACAAUGCAUCCUAUUCCUGUCCAAGACAGAGAAACUGUUUAAUUGACAGAACCAACAGAAAUCGCUGCCAGCACUGCCGACUGCAGAAAUGUCUUGCCCUGGGAAUGUCUCGAGAUGCUGUGAAAUUUGGAAGAAUGUCCAAAAAGCAGAGGGAUAGCUUGUAUGCUGAAGUGCAGAAGCACCAGCAGCGACUGCAGGAGCAGCGGCAGCAGCAGAGUGGUGAGGCAGAAGCUCUGGCCAGGGUUUACAGCAGCAGCAUCAGCAAUGGCUUGAACAAUCUGAACAGCGAGACUGGCAGCACCUACGCCAACGGGCACGUCAUCGACCUGCCCAAGUCUGAGGGCUAUUACAGCGUGGAUUCUGCCCAGCCCUCCCCAGACCAGUCUGGGUUAGACAUGACUGGAAUCAAACAGAUAAAGCAGGAACCUAUCUACGACCUCACCUCUGUACCAAACUUGUUUACCUAUAGUUCUUUCAACAGUGGGCAAUUAGCUCCAGGGAUAUCCAUGAGCGAAAUCGAUCGAAUUGCACAGAAUAUCAUUAAGUCUCAUUUGGAGACAUGUCAAUAUACAAUGGAGGAAUUACAUCAGCUAGCGUGGCAGACCCACACAUAUGAAGAAAUAAAGGUUUACCAGAGCAAGACGAGAGAAGCUCUGUGGCAGCAGUGUGCCAUUCAGAUCACCCAUGCUAUCCAGUAUGUGGUGGAGUUUGCAAAGCGCAUAACAGGCUUCAUGGAGCUCUGCCAGAAUGACCAAAUUCUCCUUCUUAAGUCAGGCUGCUUGGAAGUGGUUUUGGUGAGAAUGUGCCGUGCCUUCAACCCACUUAACAAUACUGUUCUGUUUGAAGGAAAGUAUGGAGGGAUGCAAAUGUUUAAAGCUUUGGGUUCUGAUGAUCUGGUAAAUGAAGCAUUUGACUUUGCAAAGAAUUUAUGUUCCUUACAGCUGACUGAGGAGGAGAUUGCCUUGUUUUCAUCUGCUGUUCUGAUAUCACCAGAUCGAGCCUGGUUAAUAGAGCCAAGGAAGGUCCAGAAGCUUCAGGAAAAGAUUUACUUUGCACUUCAACAUGUUAUUCAGAAGAACCACCUCGAUGAGGAGACAUUGACAAAGUUAAUAGCCAAGAUACCAACAAUUACUGCACUUUGCAACUUGCACGGAGAGAAACUGCAGGUAUUUAAGCAAUCUCAUCCAGACAUAGUGAACACACUGUUUCCUCCGUUAUACAAGGAGCUUUUCAAUCCAGACUCAACCACUGGCUGCAAGUGAAGGGGAUAAUAGAAUUUUCACGUAGUCAUGGAAUGCAUCACUAGUAAGACAAAGAGAAAUGUUUUCAUGAAGAAAUUAUUAAAAAUGUCACUACUGCAACACUAGGAAUGUCCUGCACUUAAUAGAAUUAUUUUUCACCGCUACAGUUUGAAGAAUGUAAAUAUGCAACUCUGAGUGGGGAUGUCUUUUUUCUCUUUUGUUUACUUUUUGUUUUGGUUUUUUUUUUUUUCAUUUUUGAACUGACAAUGAAUAUACAAAUGUAGGACACUGGGUGUUACCUUUUUUUUUAAUUUACUUUUAUUGGGGGAUGUUUUGGGAGACAACUGUUCCUAGAAUUUUAUUGUAGAUAUACAUGAUAAUAGAGCAGUACUUUGCAGUAUUACUCUUGCUGUUUAUUGUUAAAAUAUAAUUUAAGAAAAUUCCACUUAUUAGACUGCCUAGUUCUAUGUUUUUAGAUAGUUUAAUGCAUGUGGAAAUCUGUAGCUGUCUUGGAAGUUAUGGUGCAUAUAUGGAAGACACACACACUCACAUAUAUAUACAUAUAUAUGUGUAUGUAUGUACAUACGUGUGUAUGCAUUAUAUGCAUACAUGCUGUAACUUAAAAUCACAUGCCUACAUUUAAAGGAUGCUCAACCCAGCUCUCAUGUAUUUCCCAUUCUCCAAGUAAUGUAUUCGAUUUACUUUGGGCAAUCAAGAUUUGCUUUGCCAGAGUUAAAUUGUCAGCUGCCAAUCUGUAAUGACAGGAUUACUUCUGAGAUGUGCGUAAUGUGGUGCAUGCGUGCUGUGUGUAAAUCAAACAUCAGGAAUGUAUCAAUGGUGCAAAAGCCUUGUCUGGAUGGGUUUACUGAAAGGAGGAAUAGGAUUGGGGUUUUUUUCAUUUUAUCACUGUUACAGGAGUAUAACAUAUAUAAAAGUGAACGUAGUAGGUCCUGAUCUCAGUAAACUAUCUGAAACAUGGAGUAAAAAUUUAGACAAUCCCAUAUGUACAUUUUUGUGAUUUCACACAGGAUUUUGUUUUAUAUAUACUGGUUUGAAAAGUAGUUUCAAGUCUUGGUUUGUUUUUUGCUGAACUCAUUAGAAAGAUAGGUAGUAAGCUCAGUGAAAACCAUGGAAAGCUUAAAAUGUAUCUCUGAAGGAAAGGAGGGAAGGAGGAAGAAAGUCAAAAGUGAGUGAAGUCCAUGGUUACUACAAACAACAGUGUAAUUGUCGCUGUUUCUGACAGUCAUCAUCUAGAUGGGACUGAUGGUUUCCAUUACACUCAUACAUCUGUGUAUGUUUUAAACACGUGCAUAUAUGUAUGUAUAUAUCUGUAUGUAUAUAACUGUAUAUAUAUAUGCAUAUAUAGGAUUUAUUUUAAAUGCAUUUCAGGAGUGGAGCAAACGGCUGGAGCUUUCUUAUUGUCUGUCUCUGAACUGACUGUACAUGCAUUUGCUUGCAAAACCAAAGGCAGACACAGAGGGGAGUGGAAGGCAGCCAUGGAAUUAAUCUUGUGGAUUAAUUAAGUUUAAUCAGCAGUCAUUAUUAAUGUAUCUGCAUUCUGCCAGUAGUACAAAACACAGAUGGUUUAGCUUUGAAAGAGGGAUUCAGUUUCUGCUACAUCUCUCUUUACCACCACUUUUACCCAUUGUGAACUUUUUCAGAGCAGUCUCCUCUGGAUACCAGCAAGGGGCAUAGAGCAGAAAUAAGAAGAAGCAGGCAGUAGAGAGGAAAGGAAGUGAAGGCAGGAUCACAAGCAGACGUUCUUUAUUUCAAACCAUGCAGAAGCCA